AUGAAACAUUCUCAGAUGGCAAUUGCAGAAAAAGAGUUUUUAAAUGUAAUAGGGGUGGAAGAUAUAAUAAUAUCUAUAUCAGAAAUUUUAUUAUCUGAUGAUGAUUUGUUUAAACCAUUUUUUGAAAAAGAACCAGAUGAUAAUUUAGAUAUUCCACUUGAAGCAGAUGAAGAUCAAGAACUUAAUUUACAAUCUUUAAUUUCAAUAGUUAACCACAAUGAGAUUUUAGAAAUUUGA